CCUCUCGUCUCUGAGCAGUUGGCGCUCAAAUGGAAAGCCAAGGCACCAGCAGCAGCCACAACAUCGACAGCCAGAACCGGUGGAGAGCAGAGCAAGCAAUUGCCGGAAAUGCAGAAGCUCUCCAAGCUCUCAGAGAGCUCAUCACUUUCCCUCUCUAUUACUCUCGCGAAGCUCAGAAACUCGGUCUUAAAUGGCCCCGAGGUUUGCUCCUGUACGGUCCACCGGGUACCGGAAAGACAAGCUUGGUGCGGGCAGUUGUUCGGGAAUGCGGUGCACAUCUAACCAUUAUCAGUCCGCAUUCUGUUCAUAGAGCACAUGCUGGAGAAAGUGAGAAGGUUCUGCGGGAGGCAUUUUCAGAGGCAUCGUCUCAGGCAGUGAUGGGCAAGCCAUCAGUUAUAUUUAUCGAUGAAAUAGAUGCACUUUGUCCUCGUCGUGAUUCCAGAAGGGAGCAAGAUGUUCGGGUGGCCUCUCAACUCUUAACACUAAUGGACUCCAAUAAACCUUCCUCAACUUCUGUACCACAGGUUGUUGUAGUUGCAUCCACUAACAGGGUGGAUGUAAUUGACCCUGCACUAAGAAGAUCAGGGCGUUUUGAUGCUGAAAUUGAAGUUACUACACCUACUGAGGAGGAGCGCUUUCAAAUUCUCAAGCUCUACACAAAGAAGGUUCCUUUGGAUCCCAGUGUUGAUUUACGGGCCAUAGCUGCAUCUUGCAAUGGCUAUGUUGGAGCUGAUAUGGAAGCUUUAUGUCGUGAGGCUACCAUGUUUGCAGUUAGAAAGUCUUCUGAUGCAAAUGGAAGUGUUGGCGUGCUCAGCUUAACAAUGGGAGACUGGAAACAUGCACAAUCCAUAGUUGGGCCAAGCAUAACAAGAGGUGUUACUGUGGAAAUCCCAAAGGUAACUUGGGAAGAUAUUGGGGGAUUAAAAGAUUUGAAGAAAAAGCUCCAGCAAGCUGUCGAGUGGCCUAUCAAACAUUCUGCUGCAUUUUCGAGGCUGGGGAUAUCUCCUGUGCGUGGAAUUCUUCUGCAUGGACCUCCUGGAUGCUCAAAAACCACCCUUGCUAAAGCUGCAGCUCAUGCUGCCCAAGCUUCUUUUUUUUCCUUGAGUGGUGCAGAAUUGUAUUCGAUGUAUGUUGGAGAGGGAGAAGCUUUGUUGCGGAAUACAUUUCAGAGAGCUCGCCUCGCCGCACCAAGCAUAAUAUUCUUCGAUGAAGCUGACGUUGUUGCUGCUAAGCGAGGGGGGAGUUCAAGCAGCAACAUCACAGUAGGAGAGAGGCUUCUAUCUACUCUACUGACUGAAAUGGAUGGUUUAGAAGAAGCUAAAGGAAUACUUGUUUUGGCUGCUACAAAUCGUCCUCAUGCAAUUGAUGCUGCACUUAUGCGCCCUGGACGCUUUGAUCUUGUGCUCUAUGUACCACCACCUGAUCUGGAAGCUCGGUACGAGAUACUUCGUGUACAUACACGUAACAUGAAAAUGAGCCACGAUGUUGAUCUCAGAAGAAUAGCAGUAGAUGCUGAGCUUUUCACAGGGGCUGAACUGGAAGGACUGUGUAGGGAAGCUGGAAUUGUAGCUCUGAGGGAAAAUAUUGCCGCCACUGUUGUGUGUGAUCGUCAUUUCCAGACGGUAAAGGCUUCAUUGAAACCGGCACUCACAAGGGCAGAAAUUGAUUCAUAUUCAUCGUUUCUGAAGACCCCAUCUGUGACCACCUCAAGUGUCGCGCAAGAAAGCAAGCAGAGAAAGGAAUCGAUGUGUCCAUUGUUUUCAGUUAAAAUUGGUGUUGUAAGCUUAAUGUUACUAGUUGCUGCUGCAGCUAAAUAUUUUCUCGAACGUACAGGUCAAACCCAACAUAAACUAGCUGCUACAUGAAGAGUUCACUGAA